GUGUUGCAAGGUUAAAACGACGUCGGUUGGUGCGUGGCUUUUCCCAUACGCCGAAAACACUUGAAAGCGACACAGUAUGCUUUCUUUCUUCUUCCUCCGAUCCCAAUCCAAAACGAAACCAACGUAACAUACUCACCGCUACCAUUUCCACCAUCGCAUGAAUCUCACUCUUAAUUUCAAUCCCUAUUAAGAAAUUCGAAGUAGAAAUGGAUGAGAAAACGCAGCCUCUCAACAAGAAAAACGACGACGACGAGGAAGACAAAGUAGUCGCUGAACGACAAGAGCCCAAUCCGCCAGCUGCCACCGGAGGCUGGGGAUUUUCGUCCUUCUCCUUUCUCUCCGAUCUUCAGAAGGCCGCUGCCGUUGCCGCCGAAGAGAUCUCUCGCAAUGCUGCUGCAGUUGCAGAGACAGCUUCAAAGAGCUUUGCGGAGUUGCAUGACGGUGCUGAGGAUUCAGAACCAGAGAAAGAUGCUGCUGGAGAAUCUCCUACUGAAAAGGAAAGUGAUGAUGAGGAUGACAAAUUGAGAAAAUCUGCGCUGGAUAAAUUGGAGAAAGCUAGUGAAGAUUCAUUACUUAGCCAGAGCUUGAAGGUUUUUGAUAAUUCUGUUGAGACAUUUGCUUCUGGAGCAUGGACUGCCUUGGGAAACGCAUGGAGAGGGAGCACUGAAUUGGUUCAGAGGCUUGAGAAUUCAGCAUCAAACCUUGCAGGAUCCGUACAACAAGGUGGGCCUCCAGGUUCUAAUGCAACUUCCCUAUUAGAGACUGGAAAAGCUUUUACUGCAAAGGGAAUGCAAGUGCUUGAAUAUGUUGGUAAGGAGACAAUGGACCUAUUAAUCAGUGAAACUGGAAUUGAUGUUGAGAAGCCUAAUACAGAAGGUGGAGAACAAAAAGAUGAGGAUCAAUUAUCAGAGGAAGUGACAUUUGAUCGAUGCUUUUACAUUUAUGGAGGUCCGGAGCAGUUGGAGGAACUGGAAGCUCUGUCUAGUCAUUAUGCCCUGUUGUUUAACCGAAGAAAAGCAAAGUUAUCAGCAGAGCAAAAGUCUGUAUAUGAUGGGAAACUGAAAGAGGUCCAACAAAUUUUUAAUUUGAGUACUGAAAUGGAUGGAACCAGUGCUGAUUUAAACAAAGGAAAGACAGUAAAGAGAGAAAAUGAAGGAAGCGGUGAUGAGAUGAAGAAUUUACAUGAUUCAAGUGUCAACAAGGCUGCUGAAAUGGCUGCAGGUUUUACGAAUGUGUUGGCUGGGCUAGCUGUUAAUGAUAUAAUUCAGAGAACUACUGGAAGAUUAGAAUCUCUUCAUUCUGAGGGAGUUCAUAGACUAUCUGAAAUGUGCUGUUUUUCAGUUUCUCAACUUCUAAUGCUUGGCAAAUCCAUCAUUUCUUGUGCCAACAAAAUCGAGGAUGGAGAAGUUGAUGAAGAUAAGGUGAACAUAGAGUGGCCUGAAGAUGUUUCUGCCAAAGCCAAGAUCAUAAGGUUAAAUGCCCAGACAAUGAUAGGAUACGUGGAAGCAGUUUCGAACAGUUUUAUUACAGGUUUGUUUCCUAAAAAUAAUUAAGGCCCACUUCUAACU